AUGUUACAAAUUCGAUUAUUAAAUGAAGAUUUGCAAAGAAAAGCACGGGAAGAAUUGAAUGAAGUGCCCGCACGUAUACACGAAGAUUUGAAAACUUUGAAAACAUGGAUCGAAGAACAACCACAUUUAUGUGCUAACACGGAUGAUCAAUUUUUAAUUUGUUUCUUGCGAGGCUGUAAAUAUAGCUUAGAGAAGGCUAAAAAAAAGAUUGAUUCCUAUUAUAGUUUCAAAACUAAAUUUCCCGAGUUCUGUAAUAUAACUAACGUGAGUAGUGCAAGAUUGCGGGAAAUAUUUCGUUCGGGUGCGUUUCUAUAUUUACCGAUUCCCCUACAUAAUAAUGGUCCGCGUAUAGUUUUGCUGCGCCUUGCUUCAGCUGAAAUAUUUAGUCUGGAAGAAGUAUUGGCUGUCAAUCAUGUUCUCCAAGAUAUUUUGAUGUUAGAGGAUGAUAAUGCUGUUGUUAACGGUUUGGUAAUGAUCGCCGAUCAAAAAGGAAUCCCUUUAUCGCAUAUUCUCCAAGCGACUCCAACAUAUUUGAAAAAAUGGAUUACUUAUAAUUAUGAAUCAAUACCCUUGCGUCUGAAAUCUAUCCAUUUCUUAAAUGCGCCGAAAAUAUUUGACAUUGUUUACAACACCGCUAAACCAAUGUUGCCACUUAAACAGCAAGAUAGAUUUCUUAAUCACAAUUCCCUCGAUUCAUUGAUCCAACAUGUCCCGUUGAAAUAUCUGCCAAACGAUUAUGGAGGCGAAAGUGGUACCAUUAAAGAAAUCAUAGCUGAAUGGGAUAAGAAGUUAGAUAAAUAUCGCGAUUAUUUUGGCAAAAGCAUUCAAUGGGGCACUGAUGAGAAAUUGCGAUUCGACAAAGCUAAACAUUAUGAUGAUACGUUCGGUAGUGAAGGUUCCUUCAGAAAAUUGGAGCUCGAUUAA